CCCGCUGCCGUCCCGGUCCCGUUCGGGAGUUGGGGCUGAGCCGGCCCCUGGGAGCCGGGCACCGGAAUCUGGAAGUUCGAGACUCCAGUGGAUCUCGGUCUUCUCAUCCAAGCAGUUUUUAGUUGCGGUUGCUGUGCCGAAAUAGUGAGCAUCCUGCACUGCAUAAUGAAUUGGAUGGUUGGUGCCCAGAAGCAGAUGCAAUAACCGUUGAUUUUUUCUGACGAUCGGCUGACCUGGUGGCACGAUGUCAGAACGACUCGUGGUCAUGCUUUUGGACCUGUGGACCCCAUUAAUGCUUCUGUGGAUUACUGUCGUGCCUCAAAUGUCCAUGGCCCCGCUGAACCACUCUCAACUUUUACCUACUGACUCCAAUGUAGAACUGGACGGACUCAUUGACGAUCAGCGUGUUUUGAACCGUUCCAAGAGGGGCUGGGUUUGGAAUCAAAUGUUUGUCCUGGAAGAGUUUUCUGGACCGGAACCCAUACUAGUUGGCCGGCUCCACACAGAUUUGGAUCCAGGGAGCAAAAAAAUCAAGUAUAUUCUGUCAGGAGAUGGAGCGGGAACAAUCUUUCAGAUCAAUGACAUAACAGGAGAUAUUCAUGCUAUAAAGAGACUGGACCGCGAAGAAAAGGCUGAAUACACCCUAACGGCUCAAGCAGUCGACUGGGAAACUAGCAAACCACUGGAACCCCCUUCAGAGUUCAUUAUCAAAGUGCAAGACAUCAAUGACAAUGCACCUGAAUUUCUUAAUGGCCCUUACCACGCUACUGUUCCAGAGAUGUCUGUUUUGGGUACAUCUGUCACUAAUGUAACAGCAACGGAUGCUGAUGAUCCAGUCUAUGGAAACAGUGCGAAAUUGGUUUAUAGCAUUUUGGAAGGACAGCCGUAUUUUUCAAUCGAGCCUGAAACAGCUAUCAUUAAGACUGCCCUCCCCAACAUGGACAGAGAAGCCAAAGAGGAGUACUUGGUAGUCAUUCAAGCUAAGGACAUGGGUGGCCACUCAGGUGGCCUCUCAGGCACCACCACAUUGACAGUGACGCUCACUGAUGUGAACGACAAUCCUCCGAAGUUUGCCCAGAGUCUGUAUCACUUCUCGGUGCCCGAAGAUGUUGGUUUAGGAGCGACAAUAGGAAGAGUAAAGGCAAAUGACCAAGACAUUGGAGAAAAUGCUCAGUCGUCUUAUGACCUCAUCGAUGGAGAUGGGACAGCUUUGUUUGAAAUCACUUCGGACUCCCAGACCCAGGAUGGGAUUAUUAGACUGAGAAAGCCCCUGGACUUUGAGACCAAAAAAUCCUAUUCACUGAAGGUGGAAGCAUCCAACAUUCACAUCGAUCCUCGUUUCAGCAGCAGGGGACCGUUCAAGGAUACAGCAACUAUUAAAAUCGUUGUCGAGGAUGCCGACGAGCCCCCGGUCUUCUCCUCACCGACGUAUCUCCUGGAGGUCCAUGAAAACGCCGCAAUUAACUCUGUGAUUGGUCAGGUGACUGCUCGGGACCCCGACGUCACUGCCAGUCCCAUCAGGUUUUCCAUUGAUCGACACACUGACCUUGAGAGACAAUUCAACAUUAAUGCAGAGGAUGGAAGAGUCACGUUGGCAACGGCUCUCGAUCGAGAAACCAAUAUGUGGCACAACAUCACAGUCAUAGCUACUGAGAUCCGAAAUCACAGUCAAAUAUCGCGUGUACCUGUGGCAAUCAAAGUGCUGGAUGUCAACGAUAAUGCCCCUGAAUUUGCAUCAGAAUAUGAAGCAUUUUUAUGUGAGAAUGGAAAACCUGGCCAGGUAAUUCAAACCGUCAGUGCCAUUGACAAAGAUGAUCCCAAAAAUGGACAUUUUUUCUUAUACAGCCUCCUUCCUGAAAUGGCCAACAACCCAAAUUUCACCAUAAAGAAGAAUGAAGAUAAUUCCCUCAGCAUUUUGACCAAGCAUAGUGGAUUCAAUCGCCAGAAGCAAGAAGUGUACCUUUUACCGAUCAUAAUCAGCGAUAGUGGAAAUCCACCCAUGAGCAGUACCAGUACUCUCACUAUUCGAGUCUGUGGGUGCAGCAGUGAUGGUGUGGUCCAAUCUUGCAACGUUGAAGCUUACGUACUUCCCAUUGGCCUAAGUAUGGGGGCCUUAAUCGCCAUACUGGCUUGCAUCAUUUUGCUCCUAGUCAUUGUGGUGUUAUUUGUCACCUUGAGAAGACAUAAGAACGAGCCUCUGAUUAUCAAAGACGAUGAAGACGUGAGGGAAAACAUCAUCCGUUACGAUGACGAGGGCGGUGGUGAAGAGGACACAGAAGCUUUUGACAUUGCGACUUUACAAAACCCCGACGGAAUCAACGGUUUCUUGCCCCGCAAAGAUAUUAAACCUGACCUUCAGUUCAUGCCCCGGCAAGGCCUUGCUCCGGUGCCAAACGGCGUGGAUGUCGAUGAGUUCAUCAACGUGCGACUCCACGAAGCCGAUAAUGAUCCCACAGCCCCACCGUAUGACUCGAUUCAGAUUUAUGGCUAUGAAGGCAGGGGGUCUGUGGCUGGCUCUCUCAGCUCCUUGGAGUCUUCUACAUCAGACUCAGAUCAGAAUUUUGACUACCUCAGUGAAUGGGGUCCGCGUUUUAAAAGACUCGGGGAACUCUACUCAGUUGGGGAAAGUGACAAAGAAACUUGACAGUGGAUUACAAACUUACAUGUGUGACUUAACAAUCAUGUAAUAUUCUAGGGCCACCCGUGUUAGUUCCAAACUAAGGUGGCCAUUUGUUUUAGAGGCAAGUUUAGUGCCAAUCAUCUAUAAAAUCAACUACAUAGUAAUGUUGAACCAAAAAAAAAAGUAUAUGUUAGGAGGUUUAUAAGUCUUGUGGAGUGUGAAGUAAAGUAUGUGGAGUGUCUAGAAGUCUUUGAAUAUUUGGUAUUCACUUGACCACCACAGACAUAGAGAUCUGUAUCUUUGCUAAUCUGCAGUGAAAUGAUAAAGAAGGGAAAAUACAAAACCAGGGGGGUUUGCCUAGAAAGUAGAACGGUGGGUCUGCUGAAAGGUUUCUCCUACCAGUCUGUACAAUGCUUGUGGUUUUCUGAUCGGUCAACAACGAUCCGCCCACGUGAAAAAUGUAAAGAAAUGUCUGGUCCUCGCAGCAAGGCUAGGUAUCGAGAUCCCAGGGUGGGCCAUUUUGGAGCGGGGACUAUCCAUUGUACACGUAACUGUUGACUGGUGACCACGAACAGAACUGAAUCUGCCAACAAUGUGUCAAGCCUUAAAUUAUUCAUGUGUUCUGGAUCCAUUUCAGGGGACUGCAGAUUCCACCAGCAGGACCCUAGAAAUCCCAUCUGAACAGGCUUGUUUUCUAGGAGAAGGAUUACUCUGAUCCUCCAUUUCAUCUUCCGAGAGGAAGUAAAAAUAAACUGUCGAACAGAGUGGACUAUUGAAAAGAUUGCUGGUUUGAUGAGAAAGAUUGAAUUUAUUUGUUUAAUCCUUGAAAUAAAUAUUUUAUUGAUGUCCAUUACUGCUUUUAUUUAUUAAGGUUGGUAAUCUAUAGAUUAAGGGAGUAUAUGAAACAAACUAAAUGAUAUCCAUGAAUAAUCUGUUAGAUUGUUUUCUCUAUAUAUAAUGAAUGUUUAAUACAUGUACAUUUUGAGGAGCUGAUGAGGGUCAUUGCAGGAGAUACAUGGCAAAAAGGAAGCUAGCUGUUCCUUUAGAGUAGUUGAGUUUCACGUGAACGAAGAGGGCAGGAAAUGACAUUUUCCCAGAGAAACUUUUGAACAGUUUUAUAUUUUGUUCAUAAAUCUAGUAUUUGGUGUUUUUAAUGCAAGCACAAACAUCUGGAAGCAUACUGGUUCAUGUGAAUAUUUAAACUCUAGACUUUUAGAAAUCCACACAUUCCCCAGUACAGUAAGGCAUACCUGUAGUUCUCCACUGUAUUAGAGCAGGAACCAGUAUGUACAUAAGUUGACUGCUUCCGUUCUUUGCAUUUCUUUCCAUAAUGUCCAUGGUUAUGCACAGGGGCUCUUGCACUCCACAAAAGAACAGCAUUAGAAGCUGCAAACAUAUUAAAUUUGUAAUGCGAACUUGCCAUUUAGACAUAGCAACUGUAGAGUAGGACUAAGUAUUACACACAUAUUUUCAUCUUCCACUUUGCUUUGUUGUGAUAUUGUUUAUUUAUGCCAUGCAUUGUAUCCAGAGAAACUCCUGUAUUGUUUCCUACUUUGUGAAAUAUAUUUUUAUAAAUA